AAAAACCCGACACCCAGAAAGGUAUUUUGGAAGUGGGAGGAGACAGAAAGGGAGAUGCACAGGUGGGGCACAGAUUGGAGAGAGGCAGUUGUUUCAGGAUAAACACAGCGGGAAGUAGUCUGAGGUGGAUCUGCUGCUUGCUGCUAUUCAGGGGACAGGUUGGACUGGUUUCUCCACAGUACUCCAGUUUCCCUCAUUCACACAGCGAGGAACAAGGGACCCAGGUUAGGAAGCGGUGGAAAGAGUAAAAAAAAAAGGCAUCUUCAGUACAUUCUACCCAGAGAGGAUUUCCAACAUGCCUGAGGAAGGAGAGUUUUAUGGAAAACAUGGCGAGCCAAGGAAGUAUGACUCCUCGUUCAAAGGCCCGAUCCAAAACAGGAGCUGCACAGACAUCGUGUGCUGCAUCCUCUUCGUUAUCGCCAUACUGGGUUACUUUGCAGUGGGAGUACUGGCCUGGUCCCAGGGCGACCCCAGGAAGGUGAUUUACCCCACUGACAGUCGAGGGCAGUUCUGCGGGCAGGCGGGCACCCCACUGGAGAAAAAGCGCUUCCUGUUCUACUUCAACAUCAUGAAGUGUGCCAGCCCCAUGGUGCUGCUGGAGUUCCAGUGUCCCACCACUCAGAUGUGUGUGGAGAAAUGUCCGGAUAAGUUCAUGACGUUAGCGAAAGCCUACUACAACGGGAAGGACUUCGACUACUACAAGACGUUCUGCAAGGAGGGUGCGACGAACUCCAUGGGAAUCCCAGAAAUCCUCAAACAAGGCCUCUGUCCGGCCAUGCUGACCCCCAGCAAGCCCUUCACUCAAAGGUGUUUCCCCGCUCUGGGCCUGAAGGGAGGUCUGAUCACUGUGGGAAACAACUCUCACUUUGACGACGGCAGCGGGAAAAUGAGGGACGCCAAGGAUCUGGUCGAUGGAGUCAAGAACGCCACCGUGGUGAUGGAGGCGCGUCAGGUGGUGAUGAAGAUCUUUGAGGAUUACACAAAGUCCUGGUACUGGAUCCUGAUAGGGUUAGUCAUUGCGAUGCUCACCAGUCUGCUCUUCAUCAUCCUGCUGCGCUUCCUGGCCGGGAUCAUGGUCUGGGUCAUGAUCGUCAUGGUGAUACUGGUCAUAGGUUACGGUAUCUUCCACUGCUACAUGGAGUACGCCGCUCUGAAAGGAGAGGCCGGCGCUAACGUCACUCUGCAGGAAAUCGGCUUCCAGACAGACUUCACCGUGUACCUGCAGAUCAGACAGACCUGGCUGGCCUUCAUGAUCAUCCUGGCCAUUGUGGAGGUCAUCAUCAUCCUCCUGCUCAUCUUCCUCAGGAAGAGGAUCCUCAUCGCCAUCGCUCUCAUCAAAGAAGCCAGCAGAACCAUCGGGCAUGUGAUGUGUUCCCUCUUCUACCCCCUCUUCACCUUCCUCCUCCUGGCCAUCGUCAUCGCCUACUGGGCGGUCACUGCUAUCUUCUUGUCUACUUCUAAUGAACCCAUCUACAAAGUCUUCAACGAGACGAUGUGCGACCACUCCAGAAAGACCUGUGAACCAGCGAACUACUCGGCCAGUCCGGAAAAGGCGCAGUGCCCGGACUCGGAGUGCCUGUUCGCCUUUUACGGCGGGGAGACGGCCUACCACAAGUACCUGAUCGGCCUGCAGUUCUACAACGUCUUCCUCUUCUUCUGGUGCGCCAACUUCGUCACGGCGCUGGGACAGAUGACCCUCGCCGGCGCCUUCGCCUCGCACUACUGGGCCUUCAACAAGCCCGACGACGUGCCCGCCUUCCCCGUGUUCUCCUCCCUCGGGAGAUCGCUCAGAUAUCACACAGGAACUCUGGCGUUCGGCUCCCUGAUCCUCUCCAUCGUUCAGAUCAUCAGAGUGCUGCUGGAGUAUCUGGACCACAAGCUCAAAGGAGCUCAUAAUAAAUGCACCAAGUUCCUGCUGUGCUGCCUCAAGUGCUGCUUCUGGUGUCUGGAGAAAUUCGUCAAGUUCAUCAACAGGAACGCCUACAUCAUGACGGCGAUCUACGGGAAGAACUUCUGCACCUCGGCCAGAGACGCCUUCUUCCUCCUCAUGAGGAACAUGAUCAGGGUGGCUGUGCUGGACAAAGUGACAGACUUCCUCUUGUUUUUGGGGAAACUGCUCAUUGUUGGGCUCGUCGGAAUCUUUGCCUUCUUCUUCUUCUCUGGGAGAGUGGAGGCCUUUGAGAACACCGCUCCACAUCUCCACUACUACUGGGUUCCCAUCCUGACGGUGGUGGUCGGCUCCUACCUCAUCGCCCACGGAUUCUUCAGCGUGUACGCCAUGUGUGUGGACACUCUGUUCCUAUGCUUCUGUGAAGACCUGGAGCGCAAUGACGGUUCAGCCGAGAGGCCUUAUUACAUGUCCUCGGCGCUCCGGGAGAUUCUGUUGAAGGACAAAGUCGGGGAUCCGUCUUCUGCCCGGCAACAGGACGGCGAAGAAGAGGAUAAAGACGUUGUGUUGAAACAGCCUCGAGAGGAAGAUGAAGUUUAGAGAAGAGGAGUUUUGAGGAAGCCUUUUUAGUUGUUAUAGUUUAAGACUUCUGGAAAUAAGGAUCACACUGCCACGGGCAACAGAGGAGGAGAAGUACUCACAUCUUGUACUUGAGUAAAGUAGAAGUACUCAGGUCUUGUACUUGAGUAAAGUAGAAGUACUCAGAUCUUGUACUUGAGUAAAGUAGAAGUACUCAGAUCUUGUUCUUGAGUAAAAGUAGAAGUACUCAGAUCUUGUACUUGAGUAAAGUAGAAGUACUCAGGUCUUGUACUUGAGUAAAGUAGAAGUACUCAGAUCUUGUACUUGAGUAAAGUAGAAGUACUCAGGUCUUGUACUUGAGUAAAGUAGAAGUACUCAGAUCUUGUACUUGAGUAAAGUAGAAGUACCAGAGUGUAGGAAUACUCUGUCACAGUGAAAGUAUUCUAAAUGUUCCUCCAGUGAAAGUAGAAAGUACUCUCCUCUAAAUGUACUUAGAGUAGCGACAGUAAAAGUAGUCAUUGUCUGAUUGGUCCAUUUCAGAAUAAUAUCUCUGAUAUGUUUUAUAAUGAUUGAUCAUUAAAGUGUUCUCAGAGCUGGUAAAGGUGCAGCUAGUUUGAAUGGCUUUGUAUACUGCAGGGUAGCUGCUGGAUUUACUGCAGGUGAACUACAGUCUGAUUUAAGGGAGAUUAUAUUUACCAUCAUUAAUCCUAAUCCGCCUAGCAACUAAAGGGAUUAAGUACAUGAAGUGGAUUAGAAGUUAUUUGUACUUACUAACUUCCCACCUCUGCUGGCCAACAGAAACUUGACACCAUUUUGUGCCUGAUUUACAGUGUUAGCGUCGGUCUGUUUGCACUUUUAUUGAAGUUUAAGGGAAACAGUUUACAGUUAUGCAUCAGACGCACAUUAUUAGCCCUGUUUCUUCUUCUGUGCUGCACUAUCAACGCACUUUUCAUCUGUUUACACCAAGCCAGGUUUUAAUCUGAAUAAAAGGGAUGCUCUUCAGGCUACCUGCUCACUUGA